CCUUUCUUCCUCUUCACCCCGCCCCCAAAUCUCCAAGCGCGAGCGACAGCCAGCUCCGCCUCAACCUCCCGGCGCAUCUCCGACAUGGCCCGCACCAAGCAGACGGCGAGGAAGUCCACCGGCGGCAAGGCGCCGCGGAAGCAGCUGGCGACCAAGGCCGCCCGCAAGUCCGCCCCGGCCACCGGCGGCGUCAAGAAGCCCCACCGCUUCCGCCCCGGCACCGUCGCGCUCCGUGAGAUCCGCAAGUACCAGAAGAGCACGGAGCUGCUCAUCCGCAAGCUCCCCUUCCAGCGCCUCGUCCGCGAGAUCGCCCAGGACUUCAAGACCGACCUCCGCUUCCAGUCCUCCGCCGUCUCCGCCCUGCAGGAGGCCGCCGAGGCCUACCUCGUCGGCCUCUUCGAGGACACCAACCUCUGCGCCAUCCACGCCAAAUCGGCAGCCAUGUCCGGGCGUGGCAAGGGAGGCAAGGGGCUCGGCAAGGGCGGCGCCAAGCGCCACAGGAAGGUUCUGCGCGACAACAUCCAGGGCAUCACCAAGCCGGCGAUCCGGCGGCUGGCGCGGAGGGGCGGCGUGAAGCGCAUCUCAGGGCUCAUCUACGAGGAGACCCGCGGCGUGCUCAAGAUCUUCCUCGAGAACGUCAUCCGCGACGCCGUCACCUACACCGAGCACGCCCGCCGCAAGACCGUCACCGCCAUGGACGUCGUCUACGCGCUCAAGCGCCAGGGACGCACCCUCUACGGCUUCGGCGGCUAGGGCCUGCAGAUUCGAAAAGCUUGAUGGAACCCCGACUUGUCUAGUUCGCUGUUUCCUGAGUAGCUCCAAUUGAAUCGUGGAACAAAGUUAAUCGCAUGUGUUUGUUGGAAAUCAAACUUCUCUCUGCAAA